AUGAGUGGAAUAUUCUGGAAAAUUUUAAGGGGUAUUUCACGUGGAGAUGAAUUAGAUUUAUCAUGUAAUAGUAAUGAAUAUUAUGGGACUUUAUAUAAAUCAAUUGGUAGGACUUUAGAAUGUGUUCUAAUUUCUUGUUGUUUAAAAUUAAAGGAAAAUAUCAAUAUAAUAGGAAAAGAUCCUUUAAAUAAUGAAACUCAAGAAUAUAUCUUCAGUUUUCAAAAUAUACACUAUUUUCGUGGAAAUAAAAAUGGUGAAUUUACAAUUAUAAUGCGACGUGGAUCUGAUUUAGUUAAAUUUAUCUUUCAAUUAGAUACACAUAAUAUACAUACUGAAGCAUCUUUAAGCUAUAAUGUAACCCUUACACUUAGAUCUUUAUGUAAUAUAUAUUAUCAACUUCCUGUUAAAUUUUAUCAAUAUAAUGAAGAUUUAAUUAAUAUUAAUAAUCAAAGAAGUAAAUUAAAAGAAUCUAAAUUUCAAAAUAAAAGUGAAGAAGAAUGGAAAUUAAUAUCUGAUAAUUGUAUUUGUGAACUAGCAUCUAGUUUAGAUCUUCGUGAUACAAUUUUUUCUAUUAAAGAAACUUCAGAUAAAGGAAAUAUACUAUUUACAAGUAUAGUUGGAGAUAGUAUUUUAUUUUUACCUAAAUUAACUGAAAAAACUAUUGAAUUUUAUGGUUCAGAUUUAGUAGGUGAAAGAAAAAGAUUUAAAAUAUUUUUAACAGAAGAAAUUGAUGAAGUUAAUUCUUUUACAAAAGAAUUAUUUGAUUGUAUUGAUCAAAAGAAUCCAGAUGAAAAACGUAGAUGUACUUUAGAUACAUCUAUUAAUGAUAGAAAUAAUAAUGAAAUAGAUUAUGAUAUGGAUUUAUGUGAAACAUAUGAUCCAUCUAUUGAUGGUUUUACUUGGCAAAAAGAUGAAAUAAUGGAAAAUGAAGAAUGUUCUGAUGAAGAUUAUGAUUAUAAACAUUCUAAAGGACGUUUAAGUUUAGAUCAUAAAUAUAUGCUUGUUGGAAGGGAAAAUACUUUUGUUGGGCGUGCUGAUAGAAAAAGUGGAAAAUCUGAAAUUUCUGUAUUUAGAAAUAUUGAUGAUAAUUCAUCUUAUAAAACAAGUAGAUCUUCUAUUAUUAAUGUUUCAACAAUAUCUGAUAUAAAUUAUAAUAAUUUUAGUCUAUUACCAGUAAAUGGACAAUUACAUAAUUGUGAGAAACAAAUGUUAUUUUUAUCUGAAACAGAUCCAAAUUAUGUUUAUCAAAUGGAUUUAGAAAAUGAAAAGAUAAUAAGACGUUGGGAUGCAGAUGGUUUACCAAUAUCAUCUAUUGGAACAUGCAAUAAGGAUGCUCAAUCAACACCAAUUCCUACAUUUUUAGGACUUAGUAAUAAUGCAUUAUUUGUUAUGGAUAGUAGAAUAAAAGAUAAUUCUAAUAGAUUUACUUCAAAGUUAUAUAAAUCUAAUGUUUUAUUUAAUAGUAUAGCUACAGAUAUUGAAGGUCAUAUAUUAAUUGGUAGUGAUAUAGGAGAACUUAGAUUAUUUGAUGGUACAGUUAAUAGAGAUGGAGAAUUUAAAAAAGCUAAGACAUUACUUAAUACUUAUGGUUCUCCAAUUAUUUCUGUAGAUGUUACUAGAAAUGGUCAUUGGAUAUUGGCAACAACAAAAACUUGUUUAGAUUUAUAUCCUGUAAAGGAAACAGAUUCAAUUGAUGAUAGGACUGGAUUUACAAUUAGCCUAAAAAAUAAGCCCCCUGCAAAAAAAUUGAGAAUUAAACAAGAAGAUUUAUAUAUUUAUGGUAUAGAUGAAGUAUCAUUUACACCAGCAAGAUUUGAUCAACCUCUUGGGAUAGAUCGUGAGACAAAAAUUAUUACUAGUACAGGUUUUUUUGUAAUUGUAUGGGAUUUUGAAGCUAUUAAACGAGGUGAUCUUAAUGCUUAUACUAUAAAACAAGUUGAUAGAAGAGUUGAAGAUUGUUCUACAUAUAUAGGUAAAUCAGAUACUGUAGUUUUAGCUUACCCUGAAGAUAUUGCUAUUCAUAAACUCAAUAGGAAAAAUAAACGUACAAAUAUUUUAAGAAAGUAG